AUGGAACGCGCACAAUUCGUCUGCACCACUUGCAGCGCACGCAAAAAAGGCUGCGAUAAGGCGUUGCCAGCUUGUGGCUUCUGCGCCAAACGUGGCCUAUCAUGCAAAUAUGAUGGUCCUGCAAGGAAGGAGAGAAGCUUCCGGCCAUACAACCCUGGCAAAUACUUUGUGGCUUCCGGAACUUUGAACGCCCCGAUUAGUCCAAUCUCGAUCGUGAAUAGCGCCUCGAGCCCUGACACUCCAUCUGUGACCGCUUCAAUAUCUCAGUCAAUCCACGAAUCACUGUAUCAGCAAGUUCGUGAUGUGCUCAAUCUCGCGAAUCUUACCGCGGAGGACAUUAGUAAACGCUACUUCGACUCAUUUCACCGACUAUACCCUAUUAUAUCUCCAGAACUAUUCUAUCAAGCCCAGUCAAAGUACGCACAUGGAGGCAGUAUCUCUCCUUCCACCGAUUAUUCCAUCCUGGUUCUAGCUAUGUUUCUUGCAAUCACCCUGCCGGGUCAUCAUCGGCCCACAAAUCUUUCCUUAUCAGACCAAGAACAGCUUUACGUCAAAGUCAAGUCUCUCAUCGCUCAAAUCCAGACUGCCAUAUCUCCAUCUUUUGCCCUGGUCCAGGUCAUGUUCAUCGUAACUAUCUGGGAGUAUACUCGGGCUCGCCCAGAGGCGGCGUACUCUUCCAUUAAUGCAUGUUCCAGCUUAGCGCGAAUUUUGGGAGUCGGGGACGAGCUGUUGGAGAAGUCUGCGCCUUAUCAAAGCAACAUUAUUACCAACUUGGUGGAGAUAGUGAAGAGGAAUGUGGCAUGGGCUGUUAUAAUGCUGGAAAGGAUCAUAUUGGUUGAGCUGAACCCUAAAGCUAUACGACCCCUUACAGGGUAUCCCAAUAUAGACUGCCAGCUACCCUUGGAUUUAUUACCUUCGGAUUCCUCUUUGAGCCAGUCAAUUGACUACCAGAGCUCGAUAUCAGCCACGCUGUCUUGUUUAGAGACUGGCAAUGUCAGUUGGUUUGGACGCCAAGCACAGGCGAUCUUCUUACUAGAUAACGUGCUAGAGGUUGUCCGCACUGCAUCAAAGACAGGUAUUACACAAGGCAUACUUCAAGGGGCAGUGGAGCUAGAUGGUAUGAUCCGUAACUUUCUAGCCAUGCUCCUAGAAGAAAGUCGCCAGAAAAAGACAAGUCUAUGCAGUUCAGUGGCUUUCUCCAUCAGGGCACUAUUUCUUCUCCAUUGGUCUAUAUUCGAUGCUCUUCCAACGUCUGGAAAUGAGAGCAACUAUCAAGCAAGGAACCUAUCCUGGACUGCUAUUAAUUCGGCCUGCAACAUGACAAUUGACGCCAUCACGCACGCUCAGCAAGAGCCUGAUUCUCCCGUGCCCAUUUGCAGCUUUUAUAUUCUCCAAGAGGCUAUCCGGUAUCUAUCGGAACAUCAGAAGGUUGCAGGCGAUGAGGCAACAGUCAGUGACAAAGAUAUGUUAAUACAUGCUGACAAGGAGUACCGUAGCACCUAUAUCUUUUGACAAUAUAUACACGAACUGGGGUCAGCAUUUCCUCCUAUAGGACAUACGUACCGAUAAAAUCGUUACCCUUACAUGAAACACAUCCGAAAUGGUGUAAAGGUAACAUCGCCGUCUCUCAUCUACCAAGAUAUCACGGCAGCUCGGGGUUCGAUUCCCCGUUUCGGAGUUUGUCUUCUUUUUUCCCUCAUCCUCGUUUCGAUUUUUUUAUUAGACGAGAUCAGGCCAAAAUAUGUGGUAGCAUCGUCUCUUUGUCACGUGGUACAUAUGUUAUCUCGAAAUUUCGUACAAUGCACAAUCGUAAAAUAUGA